AUGCAAUCAACGACAUUCAGAUUCCUUGAAGUGCCAGCAGAAUAUCGCUUAUCAUCGAAUGAUUUCGAAACAAAUGUCUGGAUAACGGAUCCAGAUGUUGAAUUUCGUUGUGCAACAGUUCUUGAGGAACAAAAUGAUAAUGUUACUGUUAGUUUUCGCGAUGAAAGUGGUCAUUUCAAAAAGCGUAUUAUAUCAAAAUCGGAGGUGAAAUUACCAAGUGUAUCAUAUUUUGUGGAAGAUAUGUGUAAUUUAAGUGAAUUAAAUGAUGCAUCUGUUCUUGAAGCCGUUCGUUCCCGAUAUCAAGCGCAACUUAUUCAUACUUAUUCGGGUCUUUUUUGUCUUGUUGUUAAUCCGUGGAAGAAUAUACCAAUUUAUACGAAAGAAAUAAUGGAAGCAUAUAUGCGUACCAUUGAUAAGAAUUGUAAUUUACCACCUCAUAUAUAUGCUGUUGCGCAAGCUGCUUAUGAUAGUCUACUAAGUGGUAAAAAUCAAUCUAUUUUAAUAACGGGUGAAAGUGGAGCAGGUAAAACUGUAAAUACAAAACGGAUUAUUGAAUAUUUGGGAGUAGUGUCCGAGUAUCGGGAUGGAUUUGAGAUAUCUGAUGGUAUUGAUAAACGACUUACUGCUGCUGGAACUGUCAUUGAAGCAUUUGCUAAUGCAUCAACAAUUCAUAACAGUAACAGCUCUCGAUUGGGAAAAUUUAUUCGUAUGGAUUAUGGUGAUGAUAUGAUAAUGAAAGGAGCUCAGAUUCAAACAUAUUUACUUGAAAAAUCACGUGUUGUAAAGCAAAAUAACGAUGAUCGGAAUUUUCAUAUUUUUUAUCAAUUAUUAUCAGAUGGUUUUGAUAAAGAUUUACUUUAUUCAUUUGGUCUUGGACAAAGCGCUAGUGCAUACAAAUUUUUAAACCAAGGUGGCAAAAUUACGGAUCCGGAAAUUGAUGAUGCUCAAGGUGCUAUUGAUACAUUGCGUGCAAUGGAUACUAUCAAAUUUACCAAGCAUGAAAUAACGGAAAUUUUUGAAGUAGUAGCCGCUUGUAUCCUUCUUGGUGAAAUUAAAUUUAGCGAAAGAAGUGGUCUUGAUAUUACAUAUGUUGAUGGUUCUAAAGAAGUUGAAGCUGCAUGUCGUAUUCUUGGUGUCAAAACCAGCACCCUUAUUGAUGCUAUAACUCAACCGUCAAUAAAAGUAAACGAUGUAGUAAUCCGGAAAAGUCAAAAUCUUGCAAAGACUUUAAGCUCAUUAUCGGGUUUAUGUAAAAGUAUCUACGAGCGCCUCUUCAAUUGGAUCCUAUCACGAUGCAAUUCAGCACUGAGUGAAACAUUUCAUCCAAGUAAGUCAACACGAACUUAUUAUAUCGGUGUGCUUGAUAUUGCUGGUUUUGAAAUCACGAAAAUUAAUAGUUUCGAACAAUUCUGCAUCAAUUAUACGAAUGAGAAAUUACAACAAUUCUUCAAUGAUUUCAUGUUUAUACGUGAACAACAAGAAUAUUUAAAUGAAGGAAUUAAAUGGCAAUAUGUUGAUUAUGGUACUGAUAUGCAAAAUACCAUAGAAUUCAUUGAAAAGCCGUUAGGAUUACUGUCAUUGUUACAAGAGGAAUGCCUUGUACCAAAUGGUAAUGAUCAAUCGUUACUUGAAAAACUUUUCGCAGCAAAUUCCAACAAUUCUGUCUUCAUUCGUUCAAGACAAUCAGCAAGACAUACCGCAAUAUCACAUUUUUCAAUCGCUCAUUAUGCUGGUAAUGUAGCAUACAAUAUAAAUGGUUGGGUUGAGAAGAAUAAAGAUGUGGUUGAAAGGAAUGGAUUGGAAGUACUUGCUUCCAGUACCAAACCACUUCUACAAACUCUUUUCCCUUUAUUAGAAGAAGAGAAAUCACGAUCCAAACGUCAAUCAAUGUCAUCAAAUACCGUGUCGUAUUUGCAUAAGGAACAAUUGUUAAAUUUACUAGAAACACUUAAUUCAACAAUGGCACAUUUCAUUCGUUGCAUAGCACCGAAUAAGACAAGAUUACCAGGUGUUAUUGAUCCACGUCUUGUACUCCAACAACUAAGAUGUAAUGGUGUAUUGGAAGGAAUCAGAAUAUGUCGUCAAGGAUAUCCCAAUCGGAUGCUAUUUGAUGAAUUUAUUGAAAGGUAUCGCAUUUUGGUGUCAAAUGUCGAACUUGGAUUUGGACGAAUUGCUGUUCAACGUUUUUGUGAUAUUAUCAAUCUCGAUCCAGCAUGUAUACAAAUUGGAAAAACAAAAGUUUACUGUAAAAUUGGCGUAAUUUCAGACUUAGAAAAUCGUCGUAAAAAUUAUUUAAAUUCAUUAAUGUGUGGAAUACAAGCAACAAUACGAUGGUAUUUGGAACAACAACGUUUUGAACAAUUACUUCGGAAUAGAGAAAGUAUUUUAAUCAUUCAAGAAAACAUUCGUUGUUUCACUGAAACUUCCAAAUGGAGUUGGUAUCGAUUGUUAUUGUUAGUUAAAGAACUUAUACCAUUAAAUAAGGAUAAAGAAUUGAGAAAUUUGCAAGGUAAUUAUGAAGAGAUUCAAAAGCUAUUAGACGAAGCUAAUAGUAAAAUCAAAAGUCUUGAAAAUGAAAAAGAAUCGCAUAUUUGGCAGAAUACUGAAAUGAAGGAAGAAUUAAUACGACAUGAAGAACUUAUGGAAAUGAUGGAGAAAAGAUUUGAUGAACAACAUGCUAAAGUUAUGAAAAUACACAGUUGUUUGCAAGAGAAUGAAAAGAAGAUUGAAGUAAUUGAAAGUGAAAAGAAGAAUUUGGAGAAUCAGUUGUUCAAGUAUAAACAUAAUUGUGAACAAGAAUAUGAACUUCGACAAAAAAUCGAGAAUGAUUUGGAAAUGUGUGAGAGAGCAAAAAAAGAAGUAGAAUUAAAAAUGGAAUUAAUGAGUAAGGAACGAAACAAAGAAUCGACUACAAUGCAAGAGUUAAAGGAACAAGUGAAAAAAUUAACCGAACAUAAUAAUCAACAAGCGGAUAUAAUUAAAGAUUUGCAACAGUAUGUAUUAAUAGGAGAUAAGAAUGAUAGGAUAG